GAAAAAUUGCAAGGAUGCCAUUAUAAUUUUGCGAAAUCGUAGAUAUGUCAUCAUGGCUCACGUAUCAUUGACUCAUAUGAUCCCCAGAUGUCAUUGAGAUAACGGUGGCAUAUCUUAAACUUUACAAAAUCAUAAUUUCACGGUUAUAAAUUUCCUAAAAAGAAUACCCCUCCUUUACUUUGGCCUACGCUAAAAAUGCGCGGUCGCCUCCUCUAGCCUUUCGUGGCCACCGGCAGAAAUCGGUUCGGAAAUCAGCAGCCAUGUCAGGAAUCGGUUCGGAAUCAGCUGCCGUGUCGGACUGUUGCCGAGCCGGAAAGCAAGCGAACGCCUUUAUAUACAGAUACUCGCCAGCCAGGCCGGAUAGCGCGUCUCUCUCGCAGCCCUCGCCAAGCGACCAAGCUGAUCGGAGUCCGCGAGGAAAAAAUCAAAUCGAGAGCAUGGAGUCCGCCACGCCGGCCGGCAAAGGAACGCUGCCACCCACCGACUUCGUCGAUCUCGAGAUAGGCACGCGAACCGGACGGCCACCCAUCGUCCCCACUGUCCCCGACUUUGAUUUCAAUGUAUCCAGACGAUCCAUGGAGGAAUAUAUCUUUACCGCAUGCGCCAUGAGAACAGCCAUGUACAUUUUGAUUACAGUGACACUUGGUGUUUAUGCUGCAUCGACAUAUGGGGUUUAUCACUUUUCCGCAUCGAAGAGCGCCGUAGAAUGUGUCCUUAUUUUUACACCUAUCUACUUGCUAUUGGUGGUAAUGUUUCAAUGUUGGGGGAAGGAAGCAAUUGAGGAGGUUUACAAGAUUAACAUGGCCGCUCCAAGCAGAAGCAGGAAAGCCAGUUUAUCGCCGGAAAAUGUGUAAAAUUCUAGAAAUAGAUAUCAUCUAUAUAUGUAAUAUUGUUUUAAAUACGUAGAUAGAAAUUUGUCAUUUG